AUGAGUGGGAUCAGGAUGUCGCCAGCUCGUGGAAGCCAAUUGACAGAAGAACAAAGACAAGAGAUAUUCGAGGCCUUUUCGCUAUUUGAUAUGAAUAAUGAUGGGUACUUGGACUAUCAUGAGUUAAAGGUUGCUAUGAGAGCUCUUGGGUUUGACCUAUCUAAGAGAGAAGUACUUGAUCUGAUAGAUAAACACGAUAAUGACAGGCGGAGACAGAUAAAAUACGAUGAUUUCUUUCAAGAGAUGGGAGAAAGAAUGCUGAAACGGGAUCCUGUAGAAGAAAUCAAGAGAGCUUUCCAGCUAUUUGAUAAGAAUGGGGAUAAGAAGAUUACUGUGCAGGAUCUUCGAGAAGUGGCCCAGGAACUAGGUGAAAACUUAACAAUGGAAGAAUGCCACGCGAUGAUAGAUGAGUUCGAUAUGGAUGAUGAUGGAGCAAUUAAUGAGGAAGAGUUCAUAUCUAUUUGUAUGGAUAAUUGA